AUGUCCACGGCCGGCGACGACGAAAAAAAAUGGUACCCCAUAGGACAGACGGUGGAAACCCCUUCGCGCGCUGCUCGACGUACCGGCCGUGCCGUGAAGGAUGGUGGUGACGAUGAUGAUGGGACCACCUUUGCUUUUGCCGACGCGGACAUGGGCAAAUUAAACCGAUAUCUCCAUGGUGGAAGAGUUUUACCACUCGAUAAAGACAGUUUCUGCCAAAAGGUUGGAAUCUUGGACCAGAGCAAGAUCACCGACCACAUCUGGACCCAGAUCAAUGAUUUGAUCGGUACUUACAAAGAGGCAAGUCGAAUCUACAAGGACUGCACCGAUUUCCUUGGUGAUGACAGCUCUGAAAAACGCAGACAGUGGACGAAAGAGGAUGGCGAUGACAGCGCCUUCGAUGCCCUCUGUACUUUUGAUAAGAUGAACACUCUUGCGUCUCAGAUUUACGGCUAUGCAGACAACGCCGGGGCUGAUGACAGCUCUUAUUAUUUGUUCAUGCUCAACCAGUGCAAGAAAUACAACGAUGAUAACGCAACUGACCAGCAGAAGCAGGAGGCCAGGAAAGCCAUCCUAGAUGCCACGGAGGAUUUGCUUAGUGAUGUCGAACCAAUGCAGCUCCACGCUGCUAAGGUCUCGGAUGCACUGGAUGUUUUUGAAAAAGCCUGUGACAAGAGAGAGGGUGCGCUCGUUGACUCUGAAACUAGCAUGACCUCCAUUCUCAAUGAGGAUCUGGGAGACAUAGACGAUUUGCAGGACAAGAUUGCGUCGCAGCUUGCGGAUAUUGCGGCCGACCAGAAAAUCAUUGAUGCGGAUCGCUAUGAUCAACAAAUGACAGCGGCAUACGUUUGGAUCCCUAUCAUCGGGACAAUUGCCGGCCCCAUCGUAUUUGCGGAAAGACAGGCGGAUAUUGAGAAAUACGAGAAGAAGAUUGCGGCCCUGAAGGAUCUGAUCAGUUCCGAGCAGGACAAGAUUGCAUUGCAUCAGCAACUACAAGGUCAUGUCACUGCAAUGUCGAAACAAUGUCAGGACUUGAAAGCACUCAUCGGUCCGGCUAGAGAGACGGCCGAGAAGCUUAAAGGUGGCUGGGACUUGAUGGGAGAUGAGAUUAGAAAGGUCCACAAUACCGCGGAGAAGUUUGAAAACAAGAUCCCCGGCGUGGACUUUGCUGAUAUCCAGCUCCAAUCUAUUGUUCGGGAGUGGAAAAAGCUCUACGAGGGUGUCACGGAGUAUAUCAAAACGGCUCCAGUCCUACCGAGGACUGAUGUCAUGUCAAUUGAUGACUACCAUGAUCAGAUUAAGGACUUGAUCAACUGAGCCUGCACAUGGACACGGAAUGAUUGCUUGGAUUAGGAUAAAAACGACAGAGUAACGAGCUGUGGAAGGUAGUAGGGAGAUUGUUAAUCAAAUAGCACGUGAAUUUAUAUUCUUAACCAUGAUGUACGGGGUCCC